UUGCCAGGAAUCUGCUCUAAUCGCCAUCUGCUUGUUCUCAGUCGGGCCUAUCGGAAGUUUGCCGUCGCCGGAUGGAUUCUCCCUCACUCGCCUGAAGUCGACCUCACAGAAAUUCGCUCUCGUCGUGGCUUCCUGGGGAGGGCUGACGAGGGGUCGGAUGAACGGACGGAAGCUGCUGCUCAUCACGGCGGGCCGCUGUUGCUGUUCGAAAAUGGAGUCGCGCGGCUAUGGUGGAUUGACGGAAAGGCUGAGAUUGGCGAUUGGAAGCUGGGAUCUGCAGCUGCACGCGAGUUUGCCGGAGAAGAAAGACACAAUGGCGUGCGGCGAUUCUCGUGUUUCCGGUGGGGCGCGGCGCUGUUCCAACCCGGACGGUCGCCGUUGGUCUGUGGAUCGGCGGAAAAAGACCGCUGGCUGAAAGGAUUUUCUGAGGGAGGUGGGUUUGCUGCUCAUUCGAGAGGAGAUGGGAGCAAAGCUUAA